AUGUCCCCUAAAAUUAUGGAUGCUGAUGUUUGUUUUGUUAUAGGUUUUAAUCACUUAGUGUCCUACGGCGGAAAACCAGAAUUACCUCAAGAUGGAAUCUUUCCAUUCAUUGUAUACUUUGAAUCUCGGUCUCGAGGCAUCUGCGUGGGGUCUCUGGUGUCCCGCGUCGUCGUACUUACAGCUGCGGUGUGCGUUACCGGACCUAAUGGUGAAUUAGACGACAAGCGGCCGAUCACCGUAGUUACUGGGACUAACUACCGACACCCCUCAAGAGGCGUUCGGGUGCAAAUCAUCAGAGCCGUGAUACCUAAACUCCCAAAAGACAGCGAUACAAGAAAGCAGAUGCUGGAGGCGUCAGUAGCUCUGCUCCUGCUGAGGAAACGUAUUCCUGACGCCAUGGUCGAGCAGCCUCUCAGGGCCAUCGGCAUUGACUACACUGAAGACUUGACUGGCUCAGAGUGCGUCACAGCUGGGUGGCAUUUCAUGUAUGCAGAGGUAGUCCAUACUUAA